CCGGCCUCACUCGGCCGGCGCGGCUCGGCGGCGGAGGCUUCGGCAUGAACAGGAUUCGGAUCCACGUCCUGCCGACCAGUCGGGGGCGGGUCACCCCGAUCCCCCGAGCGCAGGAGCCCCAGGCGUGCUCGUUCUCGCACCGCCCGUGCUCGCAGCCCCGCCUGGAAGGCCAGGAGUUCUGCAUCAAGCACAUCCUGGAAGACAGGAACGCGCCCUUCAAACAGUGCAGCUACGUGUCCACCAAGAACGGGAAAAGAUGCCCCAGUGCGGCCCCCAAGCCUGAGAAGAAGGAUGGGGUGUCCUUCUGUGCUGAACAUGCUCGAAGGAAUGCCUUGGCAUUUCAUGCUCAAAUAAAGAAGAGUAAUCCGGGACCUAUGGGUGAAACACUCUUAUGCCAGCUGAGCUCAUAUGCUAAGACAGAGCUGGGGUCUCAGACUCCAGAAAGUAGUCGUAGUGAAGCAAGCCGAAUUUUGGAUGAAGACAGCUGGAGUGAUGGGGAACAGGAACCCAUUACUGUGGAUCAGACAUGGAGAGGUGACCCUGACAGUGAAGCUGAUAGCAUAGACAGUGAUCAAGAAGAUCCCCUGAAACAUGCUGGUGUUUACACAGCAGAAGAAGUGGCCCUGAUUAUGCGGGAGAAGCUUAUUCGUUUGCAGUCCUUGUAUAUUGACCAGUUUAAACGACUUCAACAUCUGCUCAAAGAGAAGAAGCGACGUUACCUACAUAAUCGCAAAAUAGAACAUGAAGCUCUAGGUAGUAAUCUCCUGACUGGCCCAGAAGGACUUCUGGCCAAAGAACGAGAGAAUCUGAAACGACUCAAGUGUCUUCGACGUUAUCGUCAACGCUAUGGAGCAGAAGCUUUGUUACAUAGGCAGCUGAAGGAACGCAGAAUGCUGGCUACAGAUGGUGUGUCCCAGCAGGCCCAUACAACUCGCUCCAGUCAGAGAUGCUUGGCCUUUGUGGAUGAUGUUCGGUGUUCCAAUCAAUCUCUUCCAAUGACCAGGCACUGCCUUACCCAUAUUUGUCAGGACACGAAUCAGGUUCUCUUCAAAUGCUGCCAGGGGUCUGAAGAGGUACCCUGCAACAAACCAGUUCCUGUAAGCCUCUCUGAGGAUCCUUGCUGUCCACUGCAUUUCCAGUUGCCUCCUCAGAUGUAUAAAUCCGAGCAGGUACUGUCUGUGCCAGACGAUCUGGACGCCGGCCCCAUGGAUCUGUACUUGAGUGCUGCUGAACUUCAGCCCACUGAGAGUUUACCUCUGGAGUUCAGUGAUGACUUGGAUGUUGUAGGUGAUGGCAUGCAAUGCCCUCCUUCACCUUUGCUUUUUGAUCCUUCACUAAACCUUGAAGAUCAUUCAGUCAAAGAAAUUGCUGAAGCUUCAGUGGAUAUUUUGGACCAGGUGCACAUGACUGGAGAUGGCUGUAGAUCUCAGAAUUCUGAAAAGGGCUCUGUGCCGUUGCCUCAAAGUGGAGUAGUCACUACAAAUGGGAAGCCAGAACCCACUUCUGUCAGUUGAUAGUUUGGAAAAACCAUCGGAAGGAAAUUAGUUUUCCAUUCUUUAAGUGUUCCUGGCCCUUUCACUAGAUAACAACCUGGACUGUCUUUUGUUUCUUUUUGGGUUACUGAAUGCUUUAGUCAAACAAAAUCAGAUCUUGGGGGAGGAGACCAAUAGUAUCUAAAAGUUAUGGGUGACUUCCCAUUCUGGGCAGGAAAAAUGUGAUUCUACAAAGUAUCUUUGUUACAAGACUUGGAAAAUUGGGGAGGAAUCCAUAAAGAGAGCUGUAUACCCCUAGGAUGUUGAUACAUUGAAUGGUCCUCAAAUUAGCUCUGAUUUAUAAACCUCUGAGAAAAUAGUCCAGAGGACUGAGCCAUUUGAUUAGCCAUCCAACUUGUUUCUGAUCUUUGUACACUUCUGUAGUAGUUAUGCUAUGUAAGAUAUAAUUAAAAAGUUACUGUAUAUAGUUUAUAUUAAACGUUAUGAAAAUGUAAAUCAUUCAA